AUGGCGACGACCGUGUUCACGGUCGAGAGUCUCGGGUUAAAGUCGACGAAGACGCGGGCGAGCGAGAAGAAGCGCGGGAUCGGUAGCGGCGGAGCACACCGAAGAGGGGUGACGACGGUGCUCGCGGCGGAGGCGAGCUACGACGUGGAGCGACGCGUUCGAGACGGCCGACGACCGUUGAUGAGCGAGCCGAGAGGGUACGACGAACGAACGCCGGACAUGUUUCAAGACGACGCACGGUCGUUGAGGUUGAUGCCGGCGCGGCCGAAAUGGGAUUAUGAAUUGAAAAGAGGACGGUUGCACGCGAGAGAACGAAAGGCGUUCGUGAAGUGGUUGCGAUCAGCAAAGGAGGCGAUGAUCGAGGCUGGGGGGUACGCACCCGCGUUUGAGCAAAACAUAGAGGUUUGGAGACAGUUGUGGCGGGUGUUAGAGCGCUCAGAUGUGGCUGUGGUGGUCGUCGACGCGAGGAAUCCGAUGUUGCAUUUGCCGCCAGCGUUGUAUGCGCACGUGACGCGGCGAUUGUGCAAACCUCUCGUCGUGGUGUUAAACAAGACGGAUGCGGUACCGAUGCGUGCGAUCGAUGAAUGGGCUGCACAUCUUAUGGCGUCUUUGCCGGGAAUCGACGCAGUUGUCGGUUUUUCUUCCCGCGACGAAGCACCCGAGGACGAACGGUUUUGGGAUCGCAAGGACAAAAAUCACGAGGAGCGAGACAACGCGUCAGUGCGCAUGCACCGUCAAUCGAGUAUUCCCAUCGGACGCGACGCGUUACUGCGCGUGUGUCAAGAGCUCGCGCGUUCGGGCAAACGUUUCGACGCGGCGAUGGAAGACACGAUGGAAGACGAACAUGAUGGAAACGACGACGGCGAAGAAGAAGGGGAAGAAGAGGAAGAAGAAGAAGAGGUGGACGAAGAGGGCGAAGCGUACGUGCGGCAGGCGUUGAAUCAAGAGCGCGAGGAAGCAGAACGAGUGAAAGCUGAAGGCCGAAUAAUGAUAGGACUCGUCGGGCACCCCAACGUGGGUAAGUCUUCGAUGGUAAACUCUAUUCUUCGACGUAAAGCGGUGAGCGUGAAGGCGACGCCGGGACACACGAAGACAUUGCAGACGCUCAUUUUGGACGAUCACACGUGCUUGUGCGAUUCUCCUGGCCUAGUAUUUCCCCGCAUCGAUAUUUCUCCCGCGGAGCAAAUCAUCGGCAAUCUCAUUCCUCUUCCAGUCGUCCGCGAGCCAUUCAGCGCUAUUCGUUGGAUCGCCGAAGCAAAGCUCGUCGGUGCGGAGCGGUGGCAAGCGAUUCAGCGCAAGUUCAGUGGGUCAAGUGAUGGUAAGCUCGCGGCAUCGCUCGCCGCGCCUAUUACGAGCGUGCUGAAAGUUCGACCAUCGAAGGAGUUCGAUCCUGAGACGCUCGAGUUGCUGAACAACGAAGAUUUGACAAACGACGAAUUGCCGUGGUCGCCGCUCUCGCUGUGUCAAGCGUAUGGCAAGAUGCGAGGAUUCGUGAAAACGCGCGGCGUCGACGUCCAACGCGCGGGGCAAGUCAUUCUGAGCAUGGUUUACGACGGCAAGAUUCCGUACGCGAUUCCGCCGCCGACCGGCGCGCCUGUGAUGCGUUCGAAGGCGGAUGUCGUCCAAAUCGAAGAAGACAACUUAACCGACGACGAGUCGGAUGACGACGAAGUCAACGUCGUACGCUCUGGGUUCUCCGCGCUCGCCAUGGAUUCGGACGAAGAGACAGCGGCUCAGCAGUACGCUUACAGCUCGGACGAGGACACGAGAGGGACAUUCAUUUUGAGCCCUGAAGAUCUCAAGGAAUCCAAACGAGGCCAGCGCGGUAAAAAGUAA